AUGACCGACGCGUCUUUACUGGCAUUACCCGUCGAAUUGAUUCAUCGCAUAUUGAACAAUCUUGACGCAUGCUCCAUCAUUUUUUCCGUUCGGGAAGUGUGCAGACGUUUCUAUCAAAUUGUCAAUCUUUAUGAUCAAUACGAAUUAAAUUUUGAUUCCAUCUCGCAAUCUCGUUUGAAAAUCAUUUCUCGUUUUAUACAACCAGAAAAAAUUACUUCACUAGUCCUUCUUAAUAUGUGUUAUAAAUCGGAAAAAAUUAAAAUCUUCCUUUCAUUCUUUGAUACAAGCCGAUUAACUCGAAUUCAAUCAAUUACACUAGGUCUGAGUAAUCAAGCGAAUGAUUCUCAAGUUUUGCAACAUCUAAACAUUUCUAACUUGGUUUCACUAAAUAUUCAUUCAACAUCUAAUUGUCCUGACAAAGAAUUACCUUUCAUUUUAAAGGUUAUGACUCAACCAAAAUUUCGUAAAAUGUGUUUAGCUGAAUCAUAUCACAAUAUUACGACAAUAUCUUGGCCAAAUCUAUGUACGAUAACAUUUCUCACUAUAAAAUCAUGCUCGUAUAAGGAAUACAAUCUUAUUCUCCAGCGUUUGCCAUAUCUACGAACAUUCAUUACAACAGAAUUUAUUACCGAUAAAUCGAAUCAGUCGAACUCAUUACCUUCUGCUUCUGCAUGCUACUCAAAAUUGAUGUCAUUGAUGAUUUUUAAUAAUUCUUUAUCAAUCACCGAAUUUGAAUCAAUUCUCUCGUUAACACCAUCGCUAGUCAAACUCAAACUAAUUUCCUACAGAUCGAAUUUGGAUUCAAUUACAAAUGGUUCAGAUUGGGAAUAUUUAAUUCAGAAUACUUUGCCAAGUCUUAAAACUUUUGAGUUUUUCUUUUCUUACGCUUUGCGAAAAGAAAGUGAUUCAGAAGAUCUUACUUUAAUGAUCGAUCGAUUUCGAACUUCAUUCUGGUUGCAGGAGAAAAUAUGGAUUAUCACAUGUGACUACUUUUUAAAGGGAAAUGCCAUCAAUCUCUAUACUACACCUAUGUGCACUAAAGAUUUUGAAAAACAAUUGGAACCUCACUGA